CAGCUGACGGCUCUUCGCGCGUCCCUUUAAUCGCGAUGUACUAACCAGUUAAACUGACCCGGAGUCAUCGGUUGGAGCGAUUUCCUCGCCCUGCCGUCUCUUUGCGAUGCUAACUUAGUUCGCGUCGUUCUUUUAUACGGAGGUGCCGUUGAACUUGAAGUUGUGUUUCCUGUUUGUUCGGCAUCACCUCCGCCUGCGAGCGCUCGCAGGGCCUCGUCGGGAAGAUGGCGACGGAUAAACAGAAGCAUGAAGGGAGGGUCAAGAUCGGCCAUUACAUUCUAGGAGAUACUCUAGGGGUAGGGACGUUUGGCAAAGUUAAAGUUGGACAGCAUGAAUUGACAAAGCACCAAGUGGCAGUAAAAAUCCUGAACCGACAGAAGAUUCGCAGCCUGGAUGUUGUGGGAAAGAUCCGCAGAGAAAUUCAGAAUCUCAAGCUCUUCAGACAUCCACAUAUAAUUAAGCUGUACCAGGUUAUCAGCACCCCGACAGAUAUUUUCAUGGUGAUGGAAUAUGUCUCUGGUGGCGAGUUGUUUGACUACAUUUGCAAAAAUGGCAAGCUGGAUGAGAAGGAAAGCCGGCGCCUCUUCCAGCAGAUAAUCUCUGCUGUGGACUACUGCCACAGACAUAUGGUGGUACACAGGGACCUGAAGCCUGAGAAUGUACUGCUGGAUGCUCAGAUGAAUGCCAAAAUUGCUGACUUUGGUUUAUCAAAUAUGAUGUCAGAUGGAGAGUUUUUGCGAACAAGUUGUGGUUCACCAAACUAUGCUGCUCCUGAAGUGAUUUCUGGAAGGUUGUAUGCUGGUCCGGAGGUUGACAUAUGGAGCAGUGGAGUAAUUCUGUAUGCCUUGCUCUGUGGUACUCUGCCAUUUGACGAUGACCAUGUGCCAACAUUAUUCAAGAAGAUCUGCGAUGGGAUCUUCUUUACACCACAAUACUUGAACCCCUCUGUGAUCAACCUGCUGAAGCACAUGUUGCAGGUUGACCCCAUGAAGAGAGCAACCAUCAAGGAAAUCAGAGAGGAUGAAUGGUUCAAGCAAGACCUGCCCAAGUACUUGUUUCCAGAAGAUCCGUCCUAUAGCAACACCGUGAUUGAUGAUGAAGCAUUGAAGGAGGUUUGUGAAAAGUUUGAAUGUACUGAGGAGGAGGUUCUGACCUGUCUGUAUAACCGGAACCACCAGGACCCACUGGCAGUGGCCUACCACCUCAUCAUAGACAAUCGGCGCAUCAUGAGCGAAGCCAAGGACUUUUAUCUAGCCAGCAGCCCGCCUGAAUCCUUCCUGGAUGACCACCAGCUGGCAGCCACCAAACCCCAUCCAGAACGCGUACCGUUUCUCGUGGCUGAGGUGCCCCCUAGACCAAGGCAUACCCUGGAUGAGUUAAACCCCCAGAAGUCAAAGCAUCAAGGGGUUCGCAGGGCUAAGUGGCACCUGGGCAUCCGCAGUCAGAGCCGGCCCAACGACAUCAUGUCGGAGGUGUGCCGGGCCAUGAAGCAACUGGAUUAUGAGUGGAAGGUGGUUAACCCGUACUAUCUUCGCGUGCGGAGAAGGAAUCCAGUGACGGGACUACAGACAAAAAUGAGCCUGCAACUGUACCAGGUUGAUAGCAGGACCUACCUCCUUGACUUCCGUAGCAUAGAUGAUGAAAUCAUAGAGGCUAAGUCUGGGACUGCAACUCCUCACCGCUCAGGCUCCGUUGGGAACUACAGAACGACACUGAAGAAUGAGGGGGAGGGAGGCGAGGCCAAACCUGACGUGUCCGUCAAAGGAUCAGAUGGCUCCUUGGCAUCGUCACUCACAUCUUCAGUUGACUCGGCUGCAGGAGACACGCUUCCUAGACCGGGGAGUCACACUAUAGAAUUCUUUGAGAUGUGUGCAAAUCUUAUAAAACUUCUUGCACGAUAAUUUUCAGUUAGCCUUCGAGUGUCUUUAAGCAAUAAGCAUGCAACCGUUUCAUGGCUCCAUUCAUUUCCACAUGGAUGAGCUAGUUGAUCCAUGGCACUGAUGCAGCCUUGCUGAAUAGAUUAGGCAAACUGGGGGUGGGGGAACAUUCUUUGAAUGAGAAUUGCAAAGCCACUUUAUAGUGUGUUUUUUUUUUUAUAUAUUUUUUUUUUUUUAAUUUCCAAAAUUGUUACAGAAGUCUAUCAUAGCUGAAUAUCCCCUGAACACAUUUAAACAAAUGUUCCACCCAUUUUAUUAUAAGCUCAAUAUGCUUACUUUGCUGUACUGUAUUCAGUGGUGUUGAUUCCCUGUUUUAUAGAUGAAUAAACAAAGCAAAUUUUACCUGCUGACUUGUAACACAAGCAAUUGCACAAAUUUCUUGUACCUGCUGUUCAAAAUUUCCAUUUGGAUAAUAUCAGUCUGGUGCAGCACAAUGAGCUGCAUGUUCAUCUUAAGAUGGAAAAGGUGGGGGGAUACCAAUGAAAAGUAGAUUUUUAAUGAAUGACGUUAGAUGGCAUUUUUCACUUUGGAAAGUAGCUGAAGUCAUAUGACCCUAUGUUUUUGUUAUGUAAAGAAUAUAUAUUUAUCAGUGCAUUUAAAUGCAAUCUUAGAUUUUUCUACCCCCCACAUUAUUUUGCUGGAUUAUAUUUUAUUCCAUAUACUGUUUGAGUCCAUUUCUAAAUU